AACGAAACACUUCAGGGACGAAGGCGGACUCAGGGAAGCGGUUUCCGGGUUUCCCUUCCUGGGCUGGGACGGCGGCGAAAAAAAAAGGCUGCGGCUGAUAAACCACAUUUCAAAUUUACGCACAGGCUUGUCAGACAUCCCGUAAACAGCAGCGAUGUCUCAGUCUGGAGAGAAAGGGAAGUUCCCCGAUGCAGCAGGUUACGUAGGGUUCGCAAACCUCCCGAACCAAGUGCACCGAAAAUCAGUGAAAAAAGGGUUUGAGUUCACCCUCAUGGUUGUAGGGGAGUCUGGUUUGGGCAAAUCGACACUUAUAAACAGCCUGUUUCUCACUGAUCUCUACCCCGAACGCUACAUCCCCGGUGCCGCAGAGAAGAUUGAGAGGACGGUGCAGAUUGAGGCUUCGACUGUUGAAAUCGAGGAGAGGGGAGUGAAGCUUCGUCUCACCGUGGUCGACACUCCCGGAUACGGGGACGCCAUCAACAGCCAGGACUGCUUCAAGACCAUCAUCCAGUACAUCGACAAUCAGUUCGAACGUUACCUCCACGAUGAGAGCGGGCUGAACCGAAGACACAUAGUGGACAACAGGGUUCACUGCUGCUUCUACUUCAUUUCUCCAUUCGGACACGGUCUGAAGCCUCUGGACGUGGAGUUCAUGAAGGCCAUCCACAGCAAAGUGAACAUUGUCCCGGUCAUCGCUAAGGCUGACACACUGACACUGAAGGAGAGAGAUCGCCUGAAGAGGAGGAUCCUGGACGAGAUCGCCGAGCACGGGAUCAAAAUCUAUCAGCUGCCCGAUGCCGACUCCGACGAGGACGAGGAGUUCAAGGAGCAGACCAGAGUCCUGAAGGCGAGCAUCCCCUUUGCUGUCAUUGGCUCCAACCAGCUGAUCGAGGUGAAGGGGAAGAAGAUCCGUGGUCGUCUUUACCCCUGGGGAGUGGUGGAGGUGGAGAACCCCGAGCACAAUGACUUCCUCAAACUACGCACCAUGCUUGUCACCCACAUGCAAGACCUCCAGGAGGUGACUCAGGAUCUGCAUUAUGAGAACUUCCGCUCAGAGAGGCUGAAGAGAGCGGGCAGAGCCGUGGAAGAGGACGUGUUGGAUAAGGACCAGAUCCUGCUACAGAAAGAGGCAGAGCUGAGACGCAUGCAGGAGAUGAUCGCUCAGAUGCAGGCACAGAUGAAGAUGAAAUCAGACGAGUAAAAGGGUCCAGGCCAAAAGGGAAGCACGUGAUCCCCCGGCCCCCUCCACCCCUCACACCAUCACGUACACAGUAUACACAGUAUAUUGUGUAUAUAUGAUCUUCCAGCCGUUCCUGCAGACAAGUAUCCAGGAUCACAUCAUCUUUAUGUUCACUCCACAGCACUUCUACUUCUUCUUCUUCCCUCCAAACAUCCAUCCAUCCAUCAGCUGUUCUGGAGCUUCACGCUUAGGUCUUACUUGUCCAGGCUCUACUCACAGUCCACAACAAAAACGCUGUCAUUCAGUCUUUGAUCUUAAAUAUCGUCCCCAGAGCUGCCAGAGACGACGGUACUGAGACGCUUUGCUAUCAUGCAACAUGUUUACAGAAAUGAUUUUCCAAGUCCAAGCCUUCAGGAAGCACUCUUGAUCUUUUAGAACAUAUUUUAACUUACAAGUAAAACUCUUUGUGUUUCAAUCAGUUAAUGAGUAUUUAAGUAUUCCAUCAUUACCUGGGUACUUUGAUCUUCAGGCAGUAAAUAAAGGUACUAGUGCUUAAAUGUUCAUGUCCAGGAUGAAUAGAGCUCCUGUGUCUUGUAUGUUUCAGUAACGUGUAUUCGUUACUAAUCUCGAACCAUGUUUUUGUAGCCAACAGUAAAAACUAACUCAGCUAUUUAAGAGAAACGGCGAGACCCUAGGAUCUCAUCACACUUAAGAUUAAUUUAAAUUGUAAUUACAGAUAGAGUAAAAAAUAAUAAAAGACAUUUAUGUGUCCAGUAACAAUUUAAAUGGUCAGCUUGUACACUACAUGUGCCGUCUUGUUUUUAACAUACUGUAUUAGUGUUUUCCGAUUUAAAAAUCAUAUUCUACGAUAUUUAACGUGUAAACUCCCUCCAGCCUCCUAACAGUUCUGCAGUGCUGCCAUUGAUGUGCCAUUCACAUUAUCGUCAUUAUUAUUAUUAUCAUGUUCUUCUGUCUUUGGCUCUCAAAUCUUGUCUGUUGAACUUAAGACAAAAGUCCUUAAUCGUGUCUCAUUAAACGCUUGUUUUUAGGUGUCAAUUUUUUUGUAUUUCCCUCUGAAAUAAAAUUUGUUUAGGAAACAAAA